CACCACACACACACACACACACACACACGUUGGUUACAAAAUUAUUUCUGAAAUUACUUGUACAGAUGCUGGAAUAGAAAACCUUUUCUCUAAACUUCAAGUUGUAUUGAUUAAUAAUUGAUUUUUUAUUAUUACAAACGUCUGUGACAAAUUAUGCGCGAGUAGCCUCGGAAUUCCAACACACCAACGGACGGAUCAAAGUAUGUUACACGAGUAUUUCAACAAGAAAUCACGAUGAGAUGCAGUCCCAUAUAGCAGCUCAGUCUUCAGCCUCUUGCACAUUGCUAGCUGUGACGUUAGGACAAACUGUUAACGCGCGUUAAAACAAGUCCCUGUUUUGGCUGCAUGUUUUCUAGAUUCCCUCUUCAUGUCUGGAUACCGCAGCUAUAGGCCACCGCGUGGUCGCCAUACUCGAUCGACGAGACAACAGCACAAUAGCAGAAACAGAAAUCAGAACGGAGGCAACGACGUUGACACACGCAACGACGAGACAUUUGGACCUCACGCAAACACGUCGGCUGAUGACGCUGACUGGGAAGAAACACACCGAAAAUUUGCCGAGAUGGACCUAAAGUCACGUGGUGUCACUAAACCUUAUGUAGAUGAAAACAGUCAAGAUGAUGGUCUAGAUUUGGAAAGGACACUGAACAAGCUUGUUGAUGAUGAGGAUGAGACGUCGACGUGGUUGAAUUCUGAUAGGACGGGUGAUACACGUGUGCAUCAGAUUGAGAGCCCAAUGAGACCGCAUGAUGUGUCAGGUUCUGUUUCAUCGGCUGGCGACAUGAUCGCUGGUUUACAGGCUAUGGGAGUGAUGGGAUUUGGUCAGAAUGUUGAUCUGCAGCAGUCGCUUUUUCAGCAAGGGCAAUCGGGUGGUCAAGGCUCGAGCAGUUUGGUGUUACCACCAGGGUUGCCGGGGAAGGUCUUGACUGUUGAAGAAUUAGAGGAAAAAUUAACAUCGACCUCGGAAGAGAAGGCAGAUGCUGCCGGUCAGUGGAAUGAUCUUGCUCGGAUGUUUGCUCCGACGACGAGUCAACAAAUGUGUUUGUCGGUCGGUCAACAAAGUUUACCGCUUCCGCCUGUCAGUCAACAGAAACGUUUAGAUGCUGACCAGUCAGAUGAUCUUGCUCAGAUUUUGGUUCCGGUAACAAGUCAGCAAAUUUCUACAUCUAUCGGACAACAAAGCUUUCCGCUUGGACUACCACCUCCAGUAGUCGGUCAACAGAGACCAUUGGAUGUUGGCCAGCAGUCGUCUCCUAUAAUGAUGAAUCAGAGCUUGCCUCCUUCACAAGAAGGCAUUUCUUCAUCUCUUAGGUUUCAGCUGCCUGCUGCUCAUAUGUCAGCUCUUGGUCAGCAAGUUCCUCAGAUACCAUUUCCAUUGAGAGGUCCAUUAUUACUGCCUCAGAUACCAAAUCCCCGGAUGCCCUUUCCAGGACAGAUGCCACCCGGAUUGUUGCCUCAGAUGGCACAGCAGUUUAUGCAAUUAACGCAAGAUCCGAGGUUUUCUGCUGGAGUAUUAAGGACACUGCCUUCUCAUCUUCCUUACGUACAUACAGGCGUUCUCCCAGCUUUUUCUGUGACACGAAUGCCAGGGAUGCCUUUGCUGCAAUAUAGGGGCCCUGUACCAAAUCUAGUGCAAGAGCCGAUACUAGUUGGACAGCCUGGAUCACAAAGUCCAAUUAUGGGAGGUGGACGUUCGCACUUUCGUGAUCUACAUCCUAAUGAACUUGAAUAUUCAACUUCAACUGCAGAGGAUCCGUAUGCUGGACUAAUGACACGAAAGGAAAAAGAUUAUAUUAUCAAGAUUCAGAUGAUGCAGUUACAGAGUCAAAACCCGUUUACUGAUGAUUAUUAUUAUCAAAUGAUAACAAUGAAGCGCAAGGAGGAGGAAAUGCGACAGAAAGCCAAAGAAAGGGGCACAGAUUCUGAUGACGAAGAACGAGACAAAGAAAACACCAAAAUUAUUAUUCCAAAUGUGACAGUUGAAACACGAGAAUAUAAACCACCAGUCGACAGCGAAGGUUCUCUUGGAAAGAUAACAGUUGGUUCUAUCACGAGUCCACGAAAGACAUUAGACGUUUGUCCUGUUUCUAGUUCUCAAACGACGAAGCUCGAUGCUCAUCCUUCUGUGAGAAGGAAAUUGCUGAUUACCAUUGAAAACCUUUAUCAACUACUGCUCGAAAUAGAUGAGCUAGAGAGAAGGGCUCAGGCAUUACCAGACGACGAUGCAAGCAAGCUGGAACGAAAUGCAUCCGAGAACAGAGAGAAAAUUUUGGCUCUGAUCGGAAUAGACGGUUUAGACGAAAGUGGUUGCUAUGUCAACGAUAUCAACUUUAUUCACUUGAUGUCGAUACGAAAGGGAAGGACAUUGAUUGGUCGACUGCUUCACGUUUUGUCACAACAACACGGACAGAUGCUGCUUAUCAAAGUGUUCUCACACGUUGCUCAUAUUCUCAAACGAGAUCUACAAGACGUGCCGAGUUCGUUGGCGACUGCGAGUGAUUCGGUUACAGCGGCAAUUCGGUUGUCUUCCUCCAUGCAAGUUGUUGUAUAUGUUAUCUCGUGUCUUGCUGCUUCUGAAGACGUCGUCUGUGACUUUACUGCACAUGUUGUUGAUGCGUGUGUGUCUCGAGCAUCGGAGUUGCUCUUUGAAGAUUCUUCGAAUGUAGACAUGUGGUCGACAUGUUGUACCCAUUUCUGUAAUCAAGCCGGUGCUUUGAUUGUGAGCAUGCCGGUUAACGACUCGAGCAGAUUGCUGGCACGUGUGUUGAUCAGUCAUCCAUAUGUUCCGAUCAAGUGGCAGACUGCAUUUCGUCAAUUGUCUAACGCUAGCUGAUAAAUUUUGGUGCAAUAAUUAAGCGUUAUCGAGCAUGACUGAUCGCUUUCUACUUGCUUGAUUGUUUGUUGGGUUGAUAUGUCGUUGACAUAAAAGUUCCUUUGUAUCGUUG